UAGUUUUGAAGGUCAAGCUACGCUACUGGUCCAAUUCAUCGGGAUGUAGCUUCCAUUCAAAGGCAAGGAGAAUUUGGGGAAGAAAUCUCUGCCCAUGAAUGGUAAACAUUUAAUUCUAAUUAGCCAUUUAAUUUUGAAUUAACCAUGUUUUAUUGAUGACCCUUGUGUCCUGUAUGACCUGUGUUAUCAACAGUUUGCCAUCACAUGUCCCCUGUGGCAAUACAGUGUUGUUCAGUAAUGGCGGCCUUCUACAAGCACAUUUGUCUGUGGUCGAAUUGCGGGAAGAAAUGCAGCUCUUUGGUUGAACUGAUUGACCAUAUCGAAGUGAUACACAUAGAGAGAGACCCAAUCGCUCUAGAAAAGCAGGAACUAACCCAACCGGCUGCCAUAGCGCUUAGCUAUAUAAAUUGUUUCUUCGCUGAAUCGACGAGGCCAGUGAAGAAGAACCCAAAACAAGAUGGCGGGAAUCAAAGCCAUUUGAGCGUGACCCCUGGUAAAGGAAGUCCUGCGCUUCAGGUGGCGCGAAAACAAAUCGUUAAUGAACCGGAUAAUUACUACGAUGAUGAAAUUUGUAGUAUCAGCGAUGCGGAGAGUGAGGAUUCUUGCAAUUCAUGGUCGACAAAUACAUCACAAGAAAGUGACUUAAUGUUAAGCCGUAUUGCCCUCAUCGAAGAAAAUAGAGAAGGCAAGCGAAGGUAUGUUUGCCCCGUGAAAGGCUGUGGUAAGCGAUAUAAAAAUGUUAAUGGCAUUAAGUAUCAUGCUAGAAAUGGACACAACCGUAAAGUUGAUAUCAAGCAAAAGACUCCUAAGCAAAUAGCAAGAUCGAGAGUAGCUGUUCCAAACAGCACACCGGAAGAGCAAAGAAAAGGUUACGAGUGCCAUUGCGGAAAGAGCUAUAAAAGCCAAAGUGGUUUACGACAUCAUCAAAAUACCCAGCAUGGCAAGAAAGUAAGCAGUGGCAAAAAAGAUACUGCUCUCCUCUCUGAACUGCAUAGCAAAGGCUCGUUACAAACUCAAGUCAAACUUCCACAUCUUGACUUAUAUACAGCAUCAAGUGGUGGGGAUUCUUCAAAAUUAGGCUAGGUCCCAAGAGAAGGAAAUUAAUUUGGAUCUGCAUACUUUUGAUUGUGAAUAAAAAGUGAGACAAGGCCAUUAGCUUUUGAAGUUUAUCCAACAAACAUGGUGUUUGCAGAUUUCAAGAUAUUCUAUCCUUUUUUAGAAAAUUGAAAAGUAUUAUUGUCAGGCUUCAGUAUCUUGAGGGAAAUUUUAAUAGGAAGGAAUGGGAGCACCCCACACCUUGGAAAAAUGAUCUGUUUGCAACUUAGGAUUCUCCUAAAAAAACCUAACAAUUCUCUACUUCAUGAAUAAUUAAAAUACUAGCCCAAACCUAAUGAAAGCAUGUCAUACCCUUGUUCUUAGAUUUAUACUGCACCAUUAAAUUAAAUUCAUUUAUAAAGUCCCAUAUUUAUUUGGAAAUCAAUUUUUUGCACAGAAGAAUAAUUACCACAGCAGUUUCAUCAUAUGAGAUAUUCAUAGUGCAAAAUGUUAUUUUGUUGACACUUCUUAACUUUCCUUCUGUUCAAUAAAAAGUUUAAUGAUUUUUCCCCUGUAAUCAUAAAACAUUAUGAAAAUUAUAAUAUAUGCUACCUUCCUUAAAACCUUUAGUAGAUAGAAAAUUAUAACUUGUAACCCUAGUGCUAAUCUCAAAGCUCAAAGACAUCAAAGUUUUUGUCUAAAUACCAGUUUUGUUGAUAUUUUUUACACAAAGCAACAAAAUAACUGUAAAAUGAAAUUUUUGUUUAAUAAGCAGAGGGGACUCACAAAGUUAGUGGCAAAAAUUGGAUUCCAUUUUAGUUUAAGCCAUAAUUUUCAGUAUUUUGCUUUUUAUUUCUUGAAAACUAAAACAGGUGUUUCUAAAAUGAAAUAAAGUAUAUAUAUACUUUUAUUUAUUAAUUGAUCCCAGACAAUUGAGACAAUUAUUUCAUUUGUUUAGUAUGUACUAGUAUAUUCAAUGAAUAUCUAUCUAAAGCAUUAUUUUAUAUAAAUAUGUAAAUAAUCAGACGUUUGUUAAUUUUCAUGCUAAAUCACUAUUACACUAUUAGUACCUUUCCAGCUAGUUUGUGAUAUCAGAUCGCCUAUAAUAAAAUCAGUUGCUGAAGUAUGUUUAUAUUUCAAACGAUUCCAUAGCGAGUUUUUUUAUAUAUUUUCUCUUGUAAUAUUAGCAAUAUGAAUUUUGCUUAUAAUAUAAACAACAAAAAUUUACUUUCACUAAGUAAUAAAGUGAAAUAAAAGCAUGCAAUGAUAAGAAAAAACCAAGUAA